AUGCUCAUUCGCACCCGGCGCGCUCACCGGCGGCACUCGGCCACUGCCAGCGGAGUUGUUCGCACAACAGUGCUGUCUCUGACUCCCUCUGCCUUCCAGAAGGAGAUGUCUCUCAACACCAAGCAGAGGCUGGCCACAGCUAAGAAGCUGAGUCUGCCUCCCAUUGUCCAGCCUCAAGACAAGCCUGGGACCUCCCAUCACAAGUUCUCAGCAGCUGCCCCAGAGCAGCGCUCGUUUCAGCCUUGCCCACCAGAGGUGGUGUUUCAGAACUACAGCCCCGGUGAGGUCUGUGAAGUGCCGCUGGUUCUGAGGAACAGGGACAAGGUUCCUCACUUGGUGAAGGUCACCUUGAAGAGCUCACCUUAUUUCCAGCUGGUGGGCCCCAAUGACGUGUGCCGCAAGGUGCCACCAGGCCUCUACACCACUGUCCGCAUCCUCUUCACCCCUGGGCAGAGAAAGGAUUAUUUCCACCAGCUCCUCUGCACCACUGAAAAUGAAGAGUUCAUUGUGCCAAUUUGGGCCAUCGGUGGCCGAGCCAUCCUGGACUUCCCUGACCAGCUGGACUUCUCCACCUGUCCGGUCAAGUACACGACCCAGAAGACCCUGCUGGUUCACAAUGUUGGAAACCGGCCUGCUUGUUACGAGCUGAGCACCCAGAGCCCUUUCUCUGUCACUCCGGCCAUGGGAACUCUGGAUGUUGGUGACGCCGUGGAGGUGGCAGUGGAAUUUCGGCCACUGAAGACUGGUGACCAUUGCAGGUCCCUUGUUGUGCACUACGACACAGGUGAAGACACCCACACAAGCCUUCAUGCCAGAGCUGUGGAUGCCCACAUCGGGCUGGACAGGAAUACUGUGACCCUGGAGAAGACGUACAUCACCAUGUCAAACAGCGCAACUGUGCUCAUCCACAACCGCAGCGACAUCACAGCCCGCUUCCAGUGGAAGGCUGUGGAUACUGAGGAACAGGAGGAACAGCUGAGGCAGAGGCAGUAUCACAGGAUAUACCAGCAGCAAAGGCACAAGUUGUAUAGUUUUCUGAAGGAGCGUGAAGUGGACAUCACUUGCCGAGAACGCCUUGCUCUUCUCAACCACACCUUCCAGAGUGAGGUAUCAAAGAUCAGAGGAGAUCCCAUGCUGUUAGACGAUGACAUUUUCUCCCUUGUGCCAAAGGAGGGUGAGAUCAUGCCGAAGUGCUCGGCUGAAAUCAGCGUGUUCUUCACGCCCCAGGCAGCCCAGGUCUAUGAGCGAACGGUUUACUGUGACGUCUCAGGCCGUGAGAACAGGCUGCCCCUGCUCCUCAUGGGGGAAGGCCUCGGGCCCCGGGUCCAUUUCCACUUUGAGGAACUCAACAUCGGGGAGGUUUUUGUCAGAGUAACCCACAGAUAUGAGGCAUACCUGAUCAACAAGGGGCCUAUUGAGGCUCCCUUCAAACUCAUCCCUCCAACCACAGCCAUGGGCUCCUGCUUCACCUUCCUGCCCCAGGAGGGCAUCGUGGCACCAGAGAAGCUCCAGGCCAUCCGGGUCUCCUUCUGUCCCACCAUCCGGGGGGAGUUUGAGGAACAAUUCUAUUUCCAUGUGGCUGAAUCCCCUAAGCCUGUGAUCUUCACUGUCAGGGGCUCUGUGAUAGGACCCACUUUCCAUUUUGAUGUGCCCGCCCUGCACUUCGGUGACAUCGCCUUUGGUUUUCCUCACACCUUGAAGUGUUGCCUGUUUAACACCUCCCUGACACCCAUGGGCUUCUCCCUGUACAUUCCUGGGGAUGGCUUGGGAGUGCCCAGUGUUAGCAGCACUACUCAGAUAGGCAAACCCAGCAGCCAGUUGUGGAGGAAGGAAGUUCGAGUUCUGAGGAGAUUACAGGAAUUUACCAUAAACCCCCACAGCGGGACCGUCCGUGCCCUGGGAUCCCAGGAUAUCAAGGUCACCCUGUGUCCCAACACUGUUGGGGACUACAAUCUGGAGCUGGUGCUGGACGUGGAAGAUGUUGGCAGGAAGGUGUUUGCACUGCCCCUCACAGCCAGGUACCAACACCUUUCCUGCACCUGCUUGUCUUUGCUCGGGCAUCCAGCACCAGCACACUGCCUGGCUGCAGCUCCAAAGGAGAAGUGCAUCGUUCCUACUCUGCGAGUGCUCAACCCUGUCGUGGAACUGGGGCACUGCUGCCUGAAGGUGCUCUAUGAUGAGAAGGUGACCCUGGUGAAUGACAGUGACUUCCCAGGCUGCUACUGUCUUCUCCCUCAGGAACACAAGGAGGAGGCUGCUGCGUGGUACUCCAGCCUUGCACCCUCGGGGAUUAUCGAGGCUCACAGCUCGGUGCAGAUCCCAAUUACACUCCAGGCCCAGUUGCUGGGACAGUGCAGCAUCACUGCCAAGCUGGCCGUGUUUGGGAGACCAGGAUCCCCACUGGAAAUCCGUUUAGAGUGCGUUGGCCAGGGCCCCGUUGUCUAUGUCCAUCCCAGGGAGAUAAACUUCGGCUCUAUCCCAGUCCUAGAGGAUUGUUCCAAAACUCUCCACCUCGCCAAUCAGUGUAAGAUUCCUGCAGCCUUCCAGGUGGAGAUGGCUGUGGAACGUUCCUGCUGGAGGAUUGAGCCCAGUAAAGGAGUGGUCCCCCCCAGUUCUGAGGUGUCCGUGGCUGUCAUAGCUAACCUGAAUGACACAGUGAAAUUCCAGGAGAAGCUGAAGGUGUUCAUUGAGAACAACCCUGUGACCAUCAUCCCUCUCCAGGCUGUGGGCAUUGGCACCACAGUUGUCUCGGACAAACCUCUUGUUCCGAAGCUCGACUUGAAGUCCUGCUUCAGCUUCAGUCGCUGCUUUUACCACUUCCAGCUGACGAACAGAGGCCGCCGCACGCAGCGGCUCUACUGGAGCACGGAAGGGUUCCGCACCUUCCGCCGCAGCGCUCGGGCCCCGGCCCCCGCGGGCCCCCCGGGCAAAGGGGCUCCCCCCAUGCCCAGGCCUGGCAGCCCCGUGUUCAAGCUGUGCCCAGCGCAGGUGGACCUGAGGCCGGGCCAGACUGUGGACAUGGUGCUGGAAGGCUGCUCCAGCACUGUCCAGGAGGUGAAGGAGCGGCUGCUGUGCCACGCUGUGGUGGGGAAAGAGACAGCAAAGAAACAGAUCCUGCAAACAGAUGUCAUCUGCAACUUCAUCUGCCCUGCAGUGCAAAUGUCCCCCAGAGCCAUCGCUUUCCGUGUGGAAAAGAAACCCAGUGAUGUCCUGACACUGCAGUACCAGCCGCUGACCUUAAAAAACACCAGCUCCCUGCCAUUCAGCGUGGUGCUGGACUUGGAGCAGCCCUUCCUGGUCUGCAAUGUCAACCGGAAGCCCCUCCCUGCAAAUUGCAAGCCUUUGCCAGUGGGUGUAGGGAAGGAACUUCAUCUCUGCAUCUGCUUUAACCCAGCUUAUAAGAACAGUCUGAUCAGCUGGGUGGUAAAGAAGGUUCUCAGGGUGAGCUUCAUGGAGCAUCCUCAUGUGGAGAAGAUCCCUCUUCGGGGGGAAGUCUGCUUCCCAAAUCUCCACCUCCCCACCAAGGCCGUGGACUUUGGCUGCAUCAUAAAUGACACUGAACAAGAGUUGAAGAUGGAGAUGACCAACUGCAGCCCACUCCCUGUCAACUACCACUGGUCAUUCCUGACAGACAGCCAGGUGAACACCAUCAGGUUCAUCCCUUCACCACCUAAAUUCAAGCCACGGUCAUUAAACAAGAGGAGAGUGUUUCUACGGAGAUACUCCAGGACUGAAAGUGUGGAGGAGCCAAUUGAAACCCCAGAAACAACGCAGGAUUCUGCCCAGGAAGAUUCUGCCCAGGAAGAUUCUGCCCUGGAGGAUUCUGUCCUGGAGGAUUCUGCCCUGGAGAAUUCUGACGAGCAGGAUUCUGCUCAGGAAGAUCAUGCCCAGGAGGAUGCUGCCCUGGAGGAUGCUGCCCUGGAGGAUUCUGCUCAGGAGGACUCUGACCAGGAGGAUUCUGCUCAGGAGGACUCUGACCAGGAGCCAGCAGAUGCACAGCAUUCCCUGGAAUCAGAGGGGCUGUCAUCCACUCCUGGGGCGUCUCAGAGGCCGCUGAGGGUGAGGGGACUGAGCUGGUUCUCAGAGAUGGAGCACCCCAAGCUGGGAAUGCAGGAGGUUUUUGACGUGCGGCCGCUGUGGGGUGAGCUGCAGCCGGGAGAGAGCGAGCAGGUCACCUUCACCUUCUUUGGGCACGCCAACGUGGUGGCGCGUGUGCGGGCGCUGUGCCACGUGCAGGGAGGCCCCAGCUACGAGGUGGUGCUGACCGGGGAGGCCUCGUGCCCCAGCUACCAGCUGGACCUGCAGGAGAUCGACUGGGGGCUGCAGAGGUUUAACAAAGUCCUCAAAGCAGAGGUGACCCUGCGCAACACCGGGGUCAUGGAAUUCACCUUCGUGGUGCCAAACUGCAGCACUGGCACUGCAGCAAAGCCUCUGCCUGGAGUGCCCGUGGUCGUGCCCACCACAGUGAGUAGCACAAGUCAUUGCCUCUGGCCCUCUGUCAGGGUUCCCUUGCACCUGGCCAGAAGCUAG